CGCGCUCGACCUGCGCUUAUGGGGUAUGAGGCCGAUGAUACCCACCGUCUUGAGGAUUCCUGAACUCGUAUACCUCAUCUGCUCGUUUCUGACUCCGUACUCGCGCGCAUGUCUGGCGCGAACAUGCAAGGGCCUCCUCGAACCAGCGCUCAACGCACUUUGGGAAACGCAGUCCACUUAUAAUCUGCUCACGUAUGCGUUAUCCUCCUGCAUCGUGCACACGCCCUUACCAAGUGGGAAGAAUACAAUUAUGACCUGCAACCCUGCCCCGAGAUCCAUUGACUGGCGUCGAGUUUAUUCCUAUGGACGUCGGAUAAGGCGGCUUAUUAUCGGUCGCAGAGAUGGCGAAGAAGACUCUGCGGUCGGAUUAUGCCCCACGGUCAUAGCAGCGUGGACGCUCUGCGCACAUAAACACAAACUGAAGCACUCCAAAAUCCUCUGCGCACAUACCUCGCGCGUCGAUUGGAUCGUCCUAGACAAGGAACAGUUGCGCUUCGAACACUCUCUGUGGAUCCGACCAGGCCUGCCUGUACUUCGACUGCACAUGCGGUCGGUCGAAAACUGGCAUCCCAGGCCGGAGUUCGCGUCUGCGCUCACGACGCUGGGAUCCAAAUCCCUUGUGGAGCUUCGGGUCGAUGCAAGUACGACAUUCAGGACGAUCGAGGACGCCAUAACGCAGAUUCUGCGCCAGUCUCCUGCCCUCGAAGUAGUCGAGCUCCGACACAUGAUCUCCCCGGAUCGCAUAUUGGCGCUGGCCGCUCUGCGCUCAUUGCGCGAGCUCAGGAUCAUGCGCCUGCCGGUGUUCGACGAGGAGCUGCCAAAGCCUGCAUUCCCCGCCCUUCGCUCGCUAUACUUCAACUGGACUCGACACGCCGCGCUGAUGAAUUUUCUGCACAAAAUCGAUGAUGUCCUGCCGAACCUGGACACUCUCACCCUGGGCUUCCGGCCGUCGGACGCUCUCAAUGGCCUUGGGGAGCUGACGGCCGUCUGCGAGUUCGUGGCCGAGCGCUGCAGUCCCGUGGGGCUUACCCACCUCUCCAUCGCCGACGAAACGGGGGGCUCCCUCUCCACGACCUGUGACGAAGUGCCGUACUACGCGGCGAAGUACGAGCAUAUCCGUGCACUGCGAUCGCUCAGAGGAUUGAAAACCCUGCACAUCGAGGUCUGGGGGCACGCCGACGUCGACGAUAGCGACAUCGAAUCGCUGGUAUCCACGUGGCCUGCGCUUGAGAGCUUUCGACUGGAUAAACCAACCGAAUCGGUCUACGAGUUCGACACAGAUGUGAAGGGUGCCCACCCCUUCGUGCCUCGGGCCACGACCAAGAGCUUGUUGUCCAUCGCCAGACAUUGUCCCAACCUCCGCGAGCUCGCAAUAACCUUCAACGCCGUGGACUUGACAAGCUCUGAUUCAGGCGGUCGCCCCGGCGGCGGACUGGUGCAGCACGCGCUACGGAAGCUUGAUACGCUGCACACCAUAAUCCAGCCUGACGAAGCGCUGCCUCUCGCCUUGUUCCUAUCGGACGUAUUCCUUGCAUUGGAUGAAGUCGACAGUGACACGAAGCUGCAAGCGGAAGUGGCCAAGGAGGAAGGAGAGGGAAUUCCGGAGGGGUAUGAUGGAUACAAGAAGCUGUUGGAGCUUUUGCCUAUUGUUUCGAAAGUGAGACGGCAGGAAAGGUUGGAUAUUAGAGCCCCUCGAAUAUGACUUGCUAUCGAAUAAUGAGGCCGCCCUCUGCUGAGUUGCUGCACAUCAUGUGCCACCAGCA